UCUCUCUCUCUCUCUUUCUUUCUCUGAUGUUCUUGUAGUUACUGCUGAUUUUGGGCUGUACUUGGUUUUUCUAGUGUUUCAUAACUGUGGGGUUUGCAGUGGAGGAAUAAGUAGGCUGAUUAUGAAAUUGAGGGCGGAUUCUGUGGAUUUAAUGGGCAAAAGGAAAAUUGACCCAUUUUUCUACAGCAUUCCAGGAUUGUCUAUUGAAGCUAUAUCCUUCUUACAUCAAUGGACAAUGACAAUGUGGAACCAGUGACUGAUUUAGCACUUUCUCUAGCACAUUCCAAUCAAUGUAUUCCAACGCGAUUGAGUGAUUCAGGUGUAGGUGUAAAUGCAGCUUCAAAGAUGAUAUUUGUGGCAUCUGACGCCCUAUCUGAAUUAGUUUGGUCCCCGCACAAUGGUUUGAGUCUCAAAUGCGCUGAUUGUAGCUUGACCGAGAAAAAACCUUUUCUUCUGUGGGAUGUUGGACCUAGCAAUGCAGUUCUUUCAUCAUCAGAAAGCAUCAAAUGUGGGACUACCAGUGACAAACCUGUAGAUGAACAAAAUUUAUUUACAUCUCAAGUGGACUUCUGUAUGGAGAAGGAAGUUGGUGAAGGAGCUAGCAUGGUGGGAUCUCCUACUGGCAUUGCCGGUAUAAGUCCUAUAUUUGGACGAAACCAAGGAUAUCAUACAGCAGACGACAUGGAGGAGCUGAAGGUAACAGGAGGAGUAUCAGCUGUGCAUGCUAAUCAAAGAGAAGAAAGUACUAGAAAUAUUGAUAGGGAUGUCUUCUGCAGUCCAAACGAUUUGCAAGUAACUAGUACGGCUGAAAGUAGAGAAAACAAUGAAGGUCCAGAAAAUCAGAUGACACCUGAUUAUAUUCCAGUCAGAACUGAAGAAGCCAGACUGGAAAUUGCACAAACCAAAACAUUAUUAACCAAUCGUAAUGAAGGCAUGAUUACCAAUAGUAACGGUAAAGUUGGAAAUAUUGUGAGUGCCAGUCAGAUACUGGGCAUAGGGCUUGCUUUGACCUCUGAAGUUCAUAGCAAGGCACUUGAUAUUCCAGUGGCAAAGUUAACUUCGCGAGGGAAAGGAGACAAAGAUGUCACAUUAGUUAUUGAAGACGAGAGCAAAAGUAAAAUAAGGAUGGAUGUUCCUGACAGUCUCCCUCCUCCUGGAAAAGUGGAGUCUACGGCUGAAAACAAUUAUCAUCUUUUGAUUGAUAAAAAAGCUUGCAGACAAAGUGACAAGGGACUUCCAAGUAACGAGUUUGGUCUGUCUGAAGGUUCUCCAACGAACAGCAGAGCCCGUCUGUAUAGAAGGAAGGGCAAGGAAAAGGCCUUGUCAGAUAGAGCUGUUAAUGAAAGAAUGUCGAAUGAUGAGGAUGAUAGCCAUGAGAGUGUUGAAAGUUGCAACAGUGCUGGUUUAUUUUCUUCAGGGAAGAAACGCUGGAGCUUUGAAGAACAAUGGAUUGUGGGGAGUAAAAGAGCGAAAAAACAAAUCGGAGAAAGUCCUGCUUCAACGUCCUUUGUUGGACAAGACAGUUCUUUCAUGAAUUGGAUUUCAAACAUGGUGAAGGGCUUAAACAAAACUAAUCGAGAUGAUUCUCCCUUUCUUGCUCUUACCUUCAACCAUCCCAAUCACGGGCAUGAGAGUUAUGAUCAACAAAUCAUGACCUACAGCAGAAACCGUCAUCCUGGGAGCAGAAAUAUGGGCUUUCAAACCAUAUUUCAGUCUCUAUAUUGUUCAGAACCGAAGGACCUGGAAAGAAAGGCUCCAAAUGGCAAUUCUACAACUGGAGGGUCUAAAGAAAUUCUGCUGGCAGACAAACAGUCUGGUGCCAACGUUACUCCAAUAGCUUGCCAUGGUGGGAAUGAUAACUUUUGCAAACAGCGUUUCCAAUCAAAUAAGAAGUUUAACCAGUCUACAUCUGGAAGUGAAGCAGGUCCAUCAUUCAAGCUGAAGACUUCGACUGCAAAUAUUCCUGCUGCUCCUGAAAUGUGUAAGACCAGUUCCAGUUCUGAACAGAAUAAAGCUUGGAACUUGGGGUGCAUUGACGUAAAAAAUAAAACAAAUUCAUCAGCGUCCUCUCUGGGUAAACGUAAGGUUGAAAGUUCUGAGAACAACGUUCCUGACCCCCUUCCUGAAGCUAAGGUGACUGAUAAUUUUGGUUAUGGAUGUAAUCCUCUUGAAAGCUUUUGGGUUACACGGUUAUAUCCGAGAACUUCUGGGCCUGUGUUAAAUCUAGAAAAUGGUGACCAGGAUGCAAGUGGAGCACUUGACCGUUCUGCUGAUUGUGCAAGAGUCAUUCCUGACAAUCAUGUUGAUUUUCCUAUUGAACAAAAAUAUUCAGAGGCCAAGGAGUAUUCAAAUGAAGACCUAAAUAAUGUUGUGGGUAAAGAACCGCAAUAUUGUGCUCCCAAUUCUGAUGCUUCCUAUGGCUUCAAAAGGCUCCGUGGACACAGUGCUCAGAAGUCCGUAUAUAAAUCAAAUCCCUUCCUACCUUCCCCAAAAUAUAAGAAUUCCGAGGCAAUUGCCUCUGUGUUUGCAAGGAGAUUGGAUGCACUCAAACAUAUCAUACCAUUGGGCAUGGAAGACAAUCCAACUCGGACAAUGACCACUUGUUUCCAUUGUGGCAAAAGUGGUCAUGAUUUACGUGAUUGCUCAGAGGUAACAGAAGGCGAGAGGCAGACCCUUUUAAGUAAUAUUAGUUCAUAUAAUGGAGCAGAAGAAUCUCCAUGUUUUUGCAUUAGAUGCUUUCAGCUUGAUCAUUGGGCUAUUUCAUGUCCCAUGGCAUCCACAAGCAUGCAACAUCCAUCAGGAAAUGAUACUGCUUUGGGUAAUCAUCUCAGUGCCAGUAAAAUGCGGAUCAGGAUGGGCAAUGAAAGAGACCCCAGAAUGCUGGAAAAUAAACAGUUACAUUUUCAAGCUGCUGAAGAUUAUACAAAUUGCGAUGGUGAAAAUUCUCAAGUGGAUAUCAAUAAGCAUGUGGCUUCAAUUUCUUGGGAUAGUACGAUAAAAGGAAAGCAGAUCAGUCCUUUGAGCGAAUUGGCCGAUAGGAAAUCUUCUGAUGCACCGGAAGGAAUGUUUGAUGCUAUAAGGAAGCUCCGUCUGUCUCGUAUGGAUAUUCUCAAGUGGAUGAAUUCCUGUGGUUCAUUGUUGCAUCUCAAUGGGUUCUUCCUACGUGUGCGUCUUGGAAAGUGGGAAAAAGGAAUAGGAGGAACAGGCUACUAUGUGGCUCGCAUAGCUGGUAUGGCUAAAGGCGAACAAGGAGAUAAACCACCAAAAAUUGACAGAAAACCUCUCGCUGUAAUUAUUGGAGGUACAAGAUGCUUGGUUGAAAGUCAGUACAUCUCUAAUCAAGAUUUCCUUGAGGAAGAGCUUACGGCAUGGUUGUGUACAGCCACGACCAGUGGAGGAAAGAUCCCAUCUGAAGACCAUUUCAAAUUGAAAUUAGAAGAAAGGAAAAGGUUUGGAUUUUAGGGAUUUGAGUAAGAACCAAGGGGUUUUGAUUUCCAUCUUGUAUAGAUGCAAAUUAAGAAGCUUAUAGGGAUGAUCUCACCUCCCAUCUUUGAGUAACUCUCCACAGAAUUUUAUUGUGAUCAAAACAUCUGUUUAUUGCCACAGUUCAAAAUCAUUUUCAGUAAUUGGUAAGAAAGAAUGAUUGAGCUUGA